ACAAAGAUGGAAACAUAGGUGGUGAAAAUGAUAGAGCAUCCAAAAUGAGGAAAUUAAAGGAAAUUGUACAAGAAGGAAAGAGUACCAGAACAUCACCAAAAACGAGUCAAGAAAAAGGAACCCCAUCCCUAUCUAAGAAAAUGAAAAAAACGACUUUAAAGUUUGAAUUUAGAUGGAAGCAUUCAGCUGACGGAAACAAGUACAAAUUAAAGAGCGCACAGCAGGGCGGUGGCAUGCGAAUAGAAAAUAUUUUGAGAGAAGUUGGUCCAGAAGCUUGUUUAAAAGAAGCGCAAGAUCUAUUUUUCCAGGUGGUAAAAAUGCAGAGGGAAGCCUCGAAGAUUUAG